GUGGAGUAGCGCGCGGUGGCGGUAAUGCUCCGGUCAGUCCGAUCAGCAACCGCCAUUGAAAAAACAACGAGAAGAAGAAAAAGAAGGAAGCGCCGUGGAAACAUUAAAGUCUCCAACUGAAAACCUUCUGUAACACCUCGCUUCUGCCAUGGAGGUCCCGGGACCGGACAGCGACUGGAGGAGCCCGCAGUUCCGACAGAAAGUCGUCGCACAGAUUGAAGAGGCGAUGAGGAAGGCAGGAACCGCACACACCAAAUCCAGCAAUGACAUGGAGAACCACGUUUAUGUCAAAGCCAAAUCCAGAGAGGAGUAUUUAUCUCUGGUGGCGAGGCUGAUCAUACACUUCAGAGACAUCCACAAGAAGACCCUCGGAGGUCCCGAUCCCAUGAAUGCCCUGACUAACCUGACAGGGGUUGGAGGGGGCCCGGGCGCCAUUGGCAUGGGGCCUCGCCCCACCGGUGCUCCAGUGGGUGGCAUGGGGGCCAUGGGGCAGAUGCAGAUAGGCCAGCAUGCCAUGGCAGGGGUUGCUGGAAACCCACAAGCCAUAGGGGGUCCGGGCCAGAUGCCGAUGCAGCAGAUGGUGCAGACGCAGCAGCAACAGCAGCAGCAGUCCAUCCAGUUCCAGCAGUUCCAGCAGGCCCAGCAGCAGCAGCAGCAGCAGCAGCAGCAACAGCAGAACGCUGCCAUCCAACAGCAUCUCCAGGUGCAGCAGCAGCUGAGGGUGCAGCAGAUGCAGCAACAGCACCACCAGAACCAGCAACUUCAGCAGCAGCACCAGAACCAGCAGCAGCAGCAGGCCCAGAACCAGCAGCAGCAGAACCAGAUGCACCAGACGAGGAUUCAGCAGCAGCAGCAGAUGGUGCAGUUGCAGUUCCAGCAGCAGCAGGCUCAGGCUCAGGCUCAAGCCCAGGCUCAGGCUCAGGCUCAGGCCCAGGCCCAGGCUCAGGCUCAGGCUCAGGCUCAGGCUCAGGCUCAGGCUCAGUCCAUUCAGCACAUGGUUCAGCAGCAGCAGCAGCAGCAGCAGGUCCAGGCUCAGGCUCAGCCUCAGCCGGGUCAGAUGCCUCCACACUCUCAGCAGCAGCAGCAGCCCGGCAUGCCUCCGUCUCUGGCCGGACAGAUGGCGUCCGCUCAGCACGGACCCAUCAACUCCCUCAGUCAGCAGCAGCAGCAGCACCAGCUCAAGAUCCAGGCCUUCCAGCAGGCCCGUGCAGCCUUGCAGCAGCAGCAGCAGGUCCAGCAGGCGCAGCAGGCAGCGCAGCAAGCAGCAGCUCAGGCGCAGCUCAACGCAGCAGCUGCAGCCGCCGCCGCCGUCCCCGGACAGUUGGUCCGUCCUGGGAUGCAGAAUCUACCCCGGCUGCCUCGAGCCCCCCUGAACUCUUCCAUCCCUCCCCAAAACGCUGCUGCCGCUGCCGCCGCAGCUGCCGCCGCCGCUGCCGCCGCCGCGGUGGGAGGACAGCCGAUGACCCAGCAGGUGCAGCAGCAUACGAUGAUGUCAUCGCCCUCGCCAGUGCAGGUGCAGACGCCCCAGUCGAUGCCCCCCCCUCCUCAGCCGUCUCCUCAGCCCCCCACCUCACAGCCCAACUCGGCCAGCUCCGGUCCCACUCCGUCCCCGGGAGGUUUCCAGCCCAGCCCGUCCCCUCAGCCCUCACAGAGCCCCGCCACCGGCCGGACCCCCCAGAACUACGGAGUCCCCUCACCUGGACCGCUCAAUACUCCAGGUAACCCCAGCUCAGUGAUGAGUCCAGCUGGAGCCACGUCUCUGGAGGAUCAGCAGUACAUGGAGAAACUCAAACAGCUGUCGAAGUACAUCGAGCCUCUGCGCCGGAUGAUCAACAAGAUCGACAAGAACGAAGACAGAAAGAAGGACCUGAGUAAGAUGAAGAGUCUGUUGAACAUCCUGACGGAUCCAAACACCAGGUGUCCUCUGAAGACGCUGCAGAAGUGUGAGAUCGCUUUAGAGAAGCUGAAGAACGACAUGGCCGUGCCGACGCCGCCGCCUCCUCCGGUGGCCACCAAGCAGCAGUAUCUGUGUCAGCCGCUGCUCGACGCCGUCAUGGCCAACAUCCGCUCGCCGGUCUUCAACCACUCUCUGUACAGAACAUUCGCCCCCGCUAUGACCGCCAUCCACGGACCCCCCAUCACGGGACCAAACGUCUCCGGCAGGAAGAGGAAGCACGAGGAGGACGAGCGGCAGACCAUCCCCAACAUCCUGCAGGGGGAGGUCGCUCGCCUCGACGUCAAGUUCCUCGUCAACCUCGACCCGUCGUACUGCAGCAACAACGGCACCGUGCACCUCGUCUGCAAGCUGGAUGACAAAAACCUUCCGAGUGUUCCUCCUCUGCAGCUCAGCGUUCCUGCAGAUUAUCCCGAUCAGAGCCCGUACUGGGCCGACGACGGAGACCAGUACGGUGCGAACAGCUUCCUGCAGACGGUCCACAGGAACAUGACGUCCAAACUGCUGCAGCUGCCGGACAAACACUCGGUGACGGAGCUGCUGAACACCUGGGCUCAGAGCGUCCGACAGGCCUGUCUGUCUGCUGCCUGAAGCCCCGCCCACCUGCAGUGACAUCACCUCUGACACGCACAGACACUACCUUCUGAUCUGAUCUCGAACCUUCAUGUUCUUUUCAAACAUUCAGAGGGAUGAUGUGUCCCACGCUCCUCUUAGUUCCUGAACGCUCCGUCAGGUCUGGCUCUAGUGUUACUACUCAUGAAUUCUGGGUAAAUUGACUUUCUUGUUGAACUGCGUCUGGUAGAGCCUCAAGGUUCCAGUUUAUAUCUGCUGUUGUAAGUUUCUGCUGGUCAACCAGCACGUCAACAGCUCGACUGUCAUUUAUCCUGAUAAUCUCCUGCUCCCUGAAUGCAACACGUGGCUCCGUCUGAUUGGCUGCGGUGAGUUUCGGCGUGGCGGCUGUAAAGAAAACGACUUUGUACACUUUGAUCUUCAGAGUGAAAAUAUUAAUGUAUUUUUUUGCUAUCAUAAAUAAACUUUUCAUUUCAACUUUUUAAAUCUA